AUGGAGCGUGAUAUGUUGGAAGUUGAACAAUGUCAGAAGCGUGCAUCGGCUCGUUUAUCCGACAAGCAGAAGAUCUCUCCGAUUCCGGUGGACAGUGACGAUAGCGACGACGAUGGCCGACUACAGAUUGCCUGGGAAGAAGAGCAAAAUACAACUCAGUCCACGCACAGUGAGGAGUCCCAAUCAACGGAGACGAGCAGCACCAGAUCUUCAAUCGGGAAAUCUAUUCAGGAUACAAUACUGAAAGAUCUACAGCUGUACAACCGAUCUCCGCUUAACAGAUGGAGCUCCAUGAUCACGUUACAGAACCAUCAACUACCGAUAAUAUUUCACAAGAAUAUGGCACGGAAUUAUCCUACCGUCAACCGAACGCCGGAACAGUUGGAGACUCGUCGCCGCAACACCGAAGCUGCCCGUAUCAGCAGAGCUAAGACGAAAAUGGCGCAAAGGAUGAUGGAGAAGGAAGCGGAAGAAUUAAGUGUAACGAAUUCUGCAGUAAAGCGAGUGGUGGCAGCGCGAUUGGUGUACGUCAACGCUAUCAACAAACUGCUGAAUUUUCCCCAGAUUCAAUUAAGUUCCUUCAAGGACAUCGAAAGCGAAAACUUGGAGGCGUUCGAGUAA